AUGACAGACUCUGAAAGCCUAAAUUCUCCUCUCAUGGAUGAUAUGGUUUCCAUGGUUAGUUUGGACGACACCCCCUCGUCAGACCAACAACGCACCCGAGGUUAUCAUCGACCACCAUUAAAUGGGCGCUCACGUCGAGUAUUGCGUCGGUCUUUGUCGGAGAUUGAAACCAGUUAUCAGCCAAUUGACUGGGCGUCAGACGACGGUGUUCGCUUGGAUGGUAUUGAGUUACAAGGUUCUGACUCGCGUCGAACUUUAAGCGACAGCAUGACAAGUCCUGGCUACUACAAUGAAAAAAUAAAGAGUCAAGUAUUGAAUAAGUCUGAUCAACCAAUACGAAAUAUGAAGAAGGUGGAAUCUAGCAAUUUUGAUAGUAGCAGAGUAUCGACAUCAACACCAACGUUACUACAUGGAAAGAAUAUUCUUCAAAUUAUGGCAAUUGAUUCGAUAGAACCUAUUGCUAGAUAUUCUAAUUCUGUUGAUUGGUCAGAGAAUCUCGAACCAGCGGAUGAAGCCGAAGAUAUGUCCUUAAUGGACCCACAUUAUGAUCUCACAUCAGCGAGAAUGAUUAAGUUAUUUUCACUGUUUCAUCCAGCAGAAAAUGGGAUGGUAUCGUAUCAAGGUUUUCGAAGUGGAUUGCAGGCCAUGGGAAUCGCGUGUGGUAACGAUGAACAGUUUCAAGCUUUUAUUGACAAUGUUGAUGAUGAUAAGAGCGGAGGAAUUACUUAUCAGGAGUUUCUCUACGCGAUUCAGGAGAUAAAACUCGCACAGCUUUUUAACGAGAAGUUCUUGAAAAACAUUCCACCUGAGUAUAUUAAUGUGAAGCGAAGCAAGGCAAAAAAGGCUUUAUUGGGGUCGAUUGAAUAUUCUCCGGAUCGAAUACGCAGCGUGUAUCCAAUUGACAAUGUGCAAAAGUUUAUUUACUCUACUAGACCAAGCUGGGCUACCGUACGAUGGAUCAACAUUGAAGGAAUUGAUUCACUUUUGAUGAGACGUUUAUCAGUACGGUAUUUUCUUCAUCCACUAGCUAUCGAAGAUACGCUAGAUGCAGAUGUCGAGCGUCCAAAGUAUGAAGAAUACGAUGAACAUUCCUCGCUAGUAUUGCAAACGAUACAUGCACGUGAUUUAUCGAUGGUAAAGAAUUACCAGCGCAUGUAUCGUGCUUCACUUUAUGUCCAAGAUGGUGACAAAUCUCCUUUUGAAGAUAUGACUAAAAAAGAGCUUGAAGAACGUUUGGAGCAACUCAAUAUUGGUUGUGUCAUGACAGCACCCCAGCAACUCAGUUUGUAUAUUCUAAAAGAUGUUUUAAUCAGCGUACAAGAACACCCAAACACUCUUUGGUCAGUGCUAAAGCAGCGACUAGAUCGAUCCUAUUCAAAGGUUCGCCAGCAUGGAACAGCCUUCUUGGUGUAUACUAUUGUCGACGUUUGCGUCGAUGAGCUGACACCAAUUACACAUACGUUUGGCUCAAAAUUGAUCAUGCUCGAGCGAUUGCUUAGCCUCGAUCCUCGCUAUUUUGAUAUCAGUCGACUAGCAAUGUGUUCAAAACAAAUCAAAGGACUUCAGGUACUUUGCAAGCCUAUAAGUGAAGUAAUUAUCCAACUUUCAGAAUCUGAAGAGUUUGAAGGCGAAUCUGUACGUUAUUUUCGUGAUGUUCUCGACCACAUUACAACAAUUGAAGAAGAUUGUGUCCGUCAUCUGGACCGAUGUCGCAGUCUUAUUGAUGAUUUCCAUAAUGCUCGAGCUGCUCAACAGAAUGAUGUCACGUACAUUCUUGCACUUGUUGCUGCCGUGUUUUUACCCGCGCAGUUCUUAACUGGACUUUAUGGAAUGAAUUUCACUAACAUGCCUGAACUUAGGAAUCAAAACGGCUACUACAUCUGGUGGGCUGUUGUCCUCGUUUUAGCUUUUUCUACUGUCGCCUUUUUUAAAUUUUACAAAAAAUGGCUCUAA